UCCAUCUUUGCCUCCAAAAUAAUUUUUUUUUUCUCUUUUUGUUUUUUGUUUUUUUUUUCUUUUUCUUUUUCAUAAUUCUUUGAUUGAGGAGCUUUCUCUUUAGUCAAAAGUAGUCUUGGGACCCUCCCUUCCAUCAUCUCCUUUUAUGUAAAUCCUGAUUUCCUAAUCACUAAAAUCACCAGAAUUUAGCUACAAUCUCUCCUUGGAUUAUUCCAACUGUAAAGCAAAACCGCAUAGGAUACUACUGAAAGAAAAGAAGAAGAAAAAAAGGAAAAAAAAAAAAAAGAAAAUGUGACAAUGAACAUUUUCAGAUUCCUUUCUCCUUCUCUUCUAACUCUUUGCUUCUUCUAAGUUCUAACACUUUGUGAUACCAAAACAACCACCAACAAAUCCCAGAACCAAAAAAAAAAAAAAAAAAAAAAAUCCCCAAUAUGCCUUCAAGGCCUUUCCCAGCAAAUCCCAGCUCUUUAACUCCAAGACCACCAAGUUUCUUGACCAAAACUAGAGUCUUGUUCUUGGCUCUCACAAUCUCAGCUUCUCUAGUUAUACUAGCCUCAAUUAUCUACUUUCUUUACCAUCUUUGGCACUCCCUUGUCCACAGGGCUAAAACCAUUCCAUUUGAUUCUAGUGCACCUCUCAAACUCCAGAGAUUCUCCUACAAAGAGCUCAAGAAUGCCAGUAAUGAUUUUGAUGCUUCCAAUGUUAUAGGCAAAGGCGGUUCAGGCACUGUCUUUAGAGGCAUUCUGAGAAGUGGGAAGUUGAUUGCCAUUAAGAGGCUUGACGCUUUGUCUUUGCAGACAGAGAGGGAGUUUCAGAAUGAGCUGCAGAUUCUUGGUGGGCUAAGAUCACCUUUUCUGGUGACCCUUUUGGGCUAUUGCGUUGAAAAGAAUAACAGAAUCCUUGUUUAUGAGUAUAUGCCUAAUAAGAGCCUUCAGGAAUCACUUUUUGGAGAUGGGGUUUCAAGUUUGAGUUGGGAAAGAAGGUUUGAGGUCAUUUUGGACGUGACUAGAGCGCUUGAGUUCUUGCAUUUGGGAUGUGAUCCACCGGUUAUUCAUGGAGACAUUAAGCCAAGUAAUGUUCUUCUAGAUUUUGAUUACAGAGCAAAGAUUUCGGAUUUCGGGUUGUCAAGGAUUAAGGUGGAGGGAGAGUUUGGUGUUGACAUGUUUAGUCAGGACUUGGGGAAGAGUCAAGAGCUUUGGAAAAGCCAAGAGCUUUCUGGGAAUUUGACUGCUGAGACUCCAACAGUUAGUACUCCAGUGGAGAGUAGUGCUCAUGAGGUAGAUUUUGCUCUUGCCUUGCAAGCUUCUUCUUCAUCAAAAAAUAGUCGAUCAUGUUAUUAUAAUGCUAAAGCUUUGAACUUGAAUUCUGUUAAUUAUAAUGCUAACAUAGCAACUGAGAGUGAUGUAAUUAGGAGUGGUGGUAAUAAUGCAAAAGGGAAGGAGGUUUCAAUUGUGGAUUUUGGUGGAGAUGGUUGGAAUCAUAAAUUUGUUCCUUAUGACGAUGAGCCUCCUUGUAGUAUUGAUCAUAGUAAGGAGUUGAAUUCCAAUAACACUUCUUCUCCUGUUGAUGAGGCUUUGGAUGCUAAACAAUGGGGUAAAGAUUGGUGGUGGAGACAAGAUGGGAGUGGUGAAUUGUGUAGUAAAGAUUAUGUUAUGGAGUGGAUAGGGAGUCAGAUUUGCCCUUCAACAAACCCUGAUUGGGAUGAAGGAAAGAAGACCAUUCAGGAGAAAGUUGAAGGAGAAGAGCAUUCAACCGCCUUAGAUGAGUUGGAAGAAGGAAAUGAGCCCCAUUUACAAGGAUUCGGGUUCAAACAUUCGGAUAAAGUGUUCGAGAAGAAAGAGUCGAGGUGGAGGAGAAACUGCAAGAAGAAGCCGAGAAAGAUGCAAGAGUGGUGGAGAGAAGAACACCUAGCAGAGAUUAGCAAGAAGAAAGGAAGUAGUAGUAGUAGUAAGCUAAAGAGCCUUGAGACCAAGUGGAAGAAAGGCUUCAAAAUUCCACAUUUCGAUUUGGGCAGGCGGUUUUACUUUCGGAGGCGAAAGAACUUUGCAGAGCAGAGUCAGAACGAGUGUGAUGAGAAUGGAGAGUUCAGCUUCAGAAGGGGUUGGAAGAAGAACAAGAACAACCACUCUGUUGGCAGUGACAUGUGGAGUGGAGACCUAUUCAGCCGCGAGCUUAGCAGCACAACAAGCAUGAGAGGGACAUUGUGUUAUGUUGCACCAGAAUAUGGGGGCUGUGGAUACUUAAUGGAGAAGGCUGAUAUCUACAGUUUAGGAGUUCUGAUCCUUGUCAUUGUGUCCGGUAGAAGGCCAUUACAUGUUCUUGCCUCGCCAAUGAAGCUCGAAAAGGCCAAUCUAAUAAGCUGGUGUAGGCAAUUAGCUCAAGCUGGAAAUGUCUUGGAGCUUGUGGAUGAGAAAUUGAAAGAUGAGUACAACAAGGACCAAGCCAGUUUGUGCAUCAACUUGGCAAUCACUUGCCUGCAGAAAAUGCCCGAGUUGCGACCGGAUAUCGGCGAGAUUGUUAGGAUUCUGAGAGGGGAAAUGGAUCUCCCUCCAUUGCCUUUUGAGUUCUCUCCAUCUCCACCUUCCAAGUUGUACAGCAGGUCAAGAAGAAAACACAAGGUCACUGACUAGGCCUUGUAACAUUCUGUACCUCUUUUUUUUCUUUAUUUGUUUUUUAAUAACUUUCUUUUAUGGUUUUCUAAUUGGGGUUCUUGGCCGCGUGUAAUAUAGCGGAGAUGAUUGAAAAAUCCAACAAAAAUAUGGGAACAAAGCUUGUGUCGCAUAAUGUGGAUUAUGUCUUGUGUAUUUCAGAUAGAGUUCUGCUUAUGUUUCAAUGCUUUGCUUUGCCACUUCAGGCUCAGUGGCUUAUGUUCAUCUUCACUGACUUUACUAUGUGCCUUGUCAUUUUUUUUUUUUAGGAUUUUUUGUUUGGUUUCUUUUUUACUUCAUGAAAUCAAAACUUAGCCCAAAACUCAUGCAUUGUUUGAAGCAAGAUAAUCUAUUGUAAGAUUUGCUUUCAAGUAGUGGUGUGGAAUUG